UCAGUAAUGAGGAACCACUCUUCUAUCACUACGUUCAUCUUACUGGGAUUGACAAAUGACCCCAAACUAGAGACUUUGCUCUGUAUAUAUAUGUUUCUGGCAUAUUUAUUAAGUACAACUGGGAAUUUGGCUAUAAUAUUUCUCAUCUUGGUGGAUUCUCAUUUAAAAACAGCCAUGUAUUUUUUUCUUCAAAAUUUUUCUUUCUUAGAAAUAUCAUUCACCACAGCCUGUGUUCCCAAAUACCUGCAUAUUAUUUUAAGUGGGGACAAGACCAUCUCUGUCAAGGCCUGUUUUAGUCAAAUCUUUUUUGCUGUCCUCUUUGGAGCUACAGAUUUUUUCCUCUUGGCUGUGAUGUCUUAUGAUCGCUAUGUGGCUAUCUGCAAACCCCUGCAUUAUGUCACCAUUAUGAACAGAAGAGUCUGCAUGAUUCUCAUCAUCUGUUGCUGGGCAUCUGGUUUAGUAAUUAUUCUCCCACCCCUUGUUCUGACUCUUCAUCUGGAAUUUUGUGGCUCUGGUAUUGAUCAUUAUUUCUGUGAUGCUUCUCCAGUUCUAAAGAAUUCGUGUUCAGAUACUUGGUUCAUAGAGCAGAUGGUCAUAGUUUUUGCUGCUCUGACAUUCAUAGUGACUCUUGUGUGUGUGGUUAUAUCCUACAUAUGCAUCAUUAGGAUGAUUCUACGAUUGCCCUCUGCUCAGCAAAGGAAGAAAGCUUUCUCCACCUGUUCUUCUCACUUGAUUGUGGUUAGCCUCAGUUAUAGCAGUGUAAUGUUUAUAUAUGUCAAGCCUUCAGCUAAGGAUGAAGUGGCCAUAAAUAAGACAGUUUCUCUGCUUGCCACAUCUGUUGCCCCUUUGUUGAACCCCUUCAUUUACACUCUGAGAAAUAAACAAGUUAAACAAUCUUUUCACAAUACUCUGAAAAGAUUUUCAUUUUAUUUUAAAAAAUAG